CAAGUCUGAAGCCUGGGGAAGAAAGUUGCCGACCUGAUGGCGAUGGCAGGAAAUGUCUGUGGUGACCUUGCAGCUGGGCCAGUGUGGCAACCAGCUGGGGGCGGAGCUCUUUUCGGCCCUGCACCAGGAAUCUCAGGCAGCCCCCUACAGUCUGUCCAACCACAUCCAGAAGACCUUCUUCUGCGAGCGAGCAAUCCGAGGUUCCGAUGCCAAGGCCAAGUGCGCAAGAGCGGUUUUGGUGGACACCGAGCCGCGGGUUGUGCAGCGCUGCAUCGAAGGCAUCGAGGGUGACGCGCAGCGUGCCUGGCGCUACGCGCCCCGUGGUGUGUACCAUGCUGGCGGCGCAGCGAACAACUGGGCUUGCGGGUACAACGUGCAUGGGCCGGCCUUGCAAGAGAAGGUCUUAGAAGAGCUGCAGAAGGAGGUGGAGGGCUGCGACCGCCUGGGCGGCUUUCUGGCGCUGCACAGUGUGGCCGGGGGCACUGGCUCCGGCCUGGGCUCUUGCAUGCUACGUGCCGUUCGAGACACUUUCCCUUCAUCAGUGCUGUCGUCGGUGUCAGUGUGGCCAUUCGAGGGUGGCGAGGUCAGUGUGCAGUGCUACAACGCAGCUCUGACUUUGGGCAGCAUCUAUGAGCACACAGAUAUGGCCGUGGUCUGCGAGAACCAGCGGUACCUGGACCUUUGCCGCGUGCUGCUGGGGCAGGAGCGUCCAUCUUUGGACUCUCUGAACCACGCCAUCUGCCGGAACUUGGUGCGCGUCAUGAUGCCAUGCAAGUCAGUGCGGAACCUGCACGGCUCCGGGUCUCCUCUACUGCAGCUGGCCGGCCACCUCUGCGCGCACCCGCUCUACCGCCUUGCGACAGUGCGCGCUCUGCCGCAGAUGGUGCAGGGCGCAGAGGCCUUCACAUCUGACUCCUGGACGGCUCUACAGAGGCAAUUGCUGAACCUCAGCGAAACGGGCUCGUCAGUUGAUCGGCCAUCCGGCCAGGAGGUGAAGGGCCGCUGCCGCACAGUGUCCGGCUGGGGCUCAACAACAAGGCUGCCGCAUUCCUCUGGGGAGAUGGUGCCUCCGAAGCGUCCUUGGACCCUUGGCGCAAACUGCCACUGUGGCAGCACUCCCUCGACAGCGUGCAGGUCCAUGCUGACACGCACCAGGUUGGAGGCCUGGAGCGGAGCCUGGGCUUUCUCAGCAACUGCCAAGCCGUGGUGCCAGCUUUAUGCGGCGCCACUCGUCGAGCCACAUCCAUGCUGCGCGCUUCGGCCUACCUGCAUCAGUACGAGCGCUAUGGCUUGAGCCGAGAGGAGAUGAGUGAGGCCAUCCUCCUCACGCUGCAAGUGCAGACUGACUACGAGAAGUUGUCGCUUGCAAAAUGAGCUAGUUCAAAGUCAGCUAGCUUUACUAGGCCAGGUGCAAAUGCGCCGUCGACCAUGUACCAAGCAUC